GGUUCCAAAUGGAACUGCGGUCCCAGAAAACACACUCGUCCUUUCUGAAGAGUAAGGUCGGCUCACAGCGAAGCUCACAUUGAAUAAUCAAACACGAUGUUCGCGCGCACACGCUCUCUCGGUCCUUUUGGACUGAGACGCGCGCGCAAAGAGCUUGUUGCUCGUAAAAAGGUCACCACGGUGCUGCGUUUGAGGGCAGCACCUUUCCCAGACGGGAGACGUCCCCCGACUGCAACCGAGAGGAGGAAAAAUGCACAGCCCAGGUUGCGUUACACAGACGGUCGCCAUGGAAACCAACCUCCACCUGCUCCCGUGCUCAGAAAGAGAGCGAGAAGAGGGAAGAGGAGGGAAGAGGACGGCGAGGACGUGCUGGCGAGGGGCAAACUUUUAAAGGCAUGGAGAUGUUAGAGUCCAGCAACCUGGUCACUUUCAAUGGCUUGGCCAACAGCUCGAGCUACGACGCUUUCCUAUUGGACGAGGAGCGAGGGAGACUACUGGUCGGAGCCGAGGACCACAUCUUCUCAUUCGACCUCGUCAACAUCAACAGAGAACACAAGCAGAUCGCGUGGCCCGCUACCCCGUCGAAGAGGGACGAAUGCAAGUGGGCGGGGAAAGACCUCGGGAAGGAGUGUUCUAACUUCAUCCGGGUCCUCCAACCCUUCAACCAGACCCACCUGUACAUCUGUGGCACAGGAGCCUUCCACCCCAUCUGCUCUUUUCUGGAAAUGGGGAAGAGGGCAGAGGAAAACAUCUUUCGACUGGCCUCGCAUUUCGAGAACGGCCGCGGGAAAAGCCCCUACGACCCCAAAAUGCUCUCCGCCUCGCUUCUGAUCGAUGGAGAGCUGUACUCUGGCACAUCUGCUGAUUUCAUGGGAAGGGACUUUGCCAUUUUCCGGACCCUGGGAGAUCAUCAUCCAAUCAGAACGGAGCAGCAUGAUUCAAGAUGGCUGAAUGACCCCAGGUUCAUUGGCGUUCACUUGAUCCCAGAGAGUGACAACCCUGAAGACGACAAGGUCUUCCUGUUCUUCAAGGAGAACGCCAUGGACGGAGAGCACACUGGCAAGGCCACCAUCGCCAGGAUAGGACAACUGUGUAAGAAUGACAUGGGGGGUCACAGGAGUCUAGUGAACAAGUGGACCACUUUCCUCAAGGCCCGGCUGAUGUGUUCAGUGCCCGGGGUCAACGGCAUAGAUACACACUUCGAUGAGCUGCAGGACGUGUUUCUCAUGAGCUCCAAGGACCCAAAGAAUCCAGUUAUAUACGCUGUGUUCACCACAUCCAGUAACAUCUUUAAAGGCUCAGCAGUGUGCAUGUACAACAUGGCCGACAUCAGGAGGGUUUUCCUGGGUCCCUACGCCCACAGAGACGGACCCAACUACCAGUGGGUGCCUUUCCAGGGGAGGGUGCCCUACCCCCGCCCCGGCACUUGCCCCAGUAAGACAUUUGGAGGAUUCGACUCCACCAAGGACCUUCCCGAUGAUGUCAUCACCUUUGCCAGGGGUCACCCCGCCAUGUACAACCCGGUGCACCCGAUAGGCGGGCGUCCCAUCAUGGUGCGGACGGACGUGGACUACCAGUUCUCCCAGCUGGUGGUGGACAGAGUGGAGGCGGAGGACGGACAGUACGACGUCAUGUUCAUCGGGACAGAUGUGGGCACAGUACUGAAGGUGGUGACAAUACCCAGAGAAAGCUGGCAUGACUUGGAAGAAGUAGUGCUCGAAGAGAUGACUGUCUUCAGGGAACCCACUCCCAUUACCGCUAUGGAGCUGUCCACCAAGCAGCAACAGCUGUACCUCGGCUCUGACCUGGGCGUGUCGCAGAUGUCCCUGCAUCGCUGCGAGGUGUACGGGAAAGCAUGCGCCGAGUGCUGCCUGGCCCGGGACCCUUACUGCGCCUGGGACGGCAGCGAGUGCUCAAGAUACUUCCCCACCGCCAAGAGGCGAACCAGGCGACAGGACAUCAGAAACGGAGACCCUCUCUCCCAGUGCUCAGAUCUUCAGCAUCAUGACGAUACGGACGGCUUAGGGGGCGGCGUGGAGGACCGGGGAGUGUACGGCGUGGAGAACAGCAGCAUGUUCCUGGAGUGCAGCCCAAAGUCUCAGAGGGCGCUCAUCUACUGGCAGCAGCAGAAGCCCAGCGACGACCGCAAACACGAGAUCAAGCUCGACGACAGGGUGCUCCGCACAGACCAGGGCCUGCUCAUACGCAGCCUGAUCCAGUCCGACACGGGCACCUACCACUGCCAGGCCGUCGAACACGGCUUCAUCCAGCCCCUGCUGAGCCUCAAUCUCCAGGUCAUCCCCGCCCAGAAGCUGGGGGACAUCCUGCCCGGAGCCCCCGCUGCGGGAGGCGCGGUCGGCCACUCUCCCAAGCACAGGCUGUGGUAUCGCGAUUUCCUCUCCCUCCUGGACCACCCGGACCUCCACAGCGUGGAAGAGUUCUGCGACCGGGUCUGGAAGAAAGAGCGCAAGCAGAAGAGGGGGAAGGCGGCCAACGGCGACGGCGGCGUGCCGCGGCCCAAAGCUCUGGCUCCCAACGCCCUGGCUCCCAACGCCCAGAAGCAGCAAGCCAGCCCGCCGCAGAGCAGGCCGGGGCCCCGGGACGGAGGGGCCCCGGCCGAAGGGCCGACGGCGGAAGGGUCAGCGCGAAGCCAGGCCACCCAGCGGGCGCAACCGGGCCCGGGGCCGUCGGGCGCCGAGGGCGAGGCGCCCAAGAACAGUAAGAAGACGGCGAGCGGCCAGAAGGGGCCGGGCGGCCAGGCGGGCUCUCAGGCCGCGGGGGGAUCCAGGGCGAGCAGCCAGCACGCGGCCAAGUGGAGACGGAUGCAGGAGAAUAAGAAAGGACGCAACAGGAGGACCCACGAGCUCCAGAGACCCCCGCGGAGUGUUUGAGGGGGGGGGGGAAGGGAAAGGCGCCGGAUGCACAAACCUGCGGCCGGAUCCACGGCGAAACGAGCACAAACCCCAUGCACCCACACGCACACGCGCUGUGUGUCCAGCGUACGAUCCAUUGACGUCGCCGUGACGACAGCAGAACAAAAAGCCCCGUGGAAAAAAAAAAAAAAAGAAAACAGCGGAACAUUUUUAGAUAUAUACACAUAGAGGCAUAUUCACGUAACCUGUGGAGAGCGUAAUAAUCAACAAGAGGAAUGCAAACUGGAAUGGUGUGAGGAUGUGGCCGGUUUCCUAGGAUACCGCCGGGCGGACACUUCCCCUUCCUGUACAUAAGCUAGUAAAAUAAGACUGGGAGAAAAAACAUGUUUAGUGAGGUGGACUUUGUACGCUGAACGGACAGUUCUGGAGACAUUAACAGACACACAGACAUGAUGCAUCCAGGCUGUCCUCUUUGACCUGAGCAUGUGAACUGCAAGAUUGUGGGUAUGGAAUGGAUUUAAAAAAAAAAAGAAAUGUUAAAAAACUCUUAUUUUGAAGAACUGUUUGAGGAGAAAAAGAACCAUCCGUCUAGUGUUUGAUGUGACGACGGACACGACAGCACCCUGGAAAGAGGAAAGGGUUUUCACCCGCGUCGCCCGUAAAAAAACAAUAGAAGCAUUUUUACGUGCAAAAAAAUGCAAAGUCAUGCUACGGUUUAGAGAAAGUGCUUCAUCAGAACCCUGAGGCUGGGGAAGCAUCGUGCAUGUUGUUGUCAAUCAAUGUUUUAAUAAGCUAGUUAUUUUAUGGAAUUCUAAAAGCUUUUUUUUUUUUUACACCCUACCUAAAGAAAUGUCACAUUUUUAUUUUAUAUUUCCUUACCUUUCCAGACCAGUGCUUCUAUUUUGGGGGGCGAAAAAUUGGAAGCGGCAUAGUAGUCUCAUUGUUCAUUAUCCCUUCUGCUCUUGAGGAUUCUGUGUAAGUUAUUAUGGUGUUGCUUUUUUCUGGGAUUUAUAGAAUCUGGGCACGAACUCCAGCUGUAGGCUGUAAAAACCCAGUCUGAUAUAGACUGCCAGUUGUUUUGUGUACAUAUAUACGACAAACUUAACUCUCUGUGUAUAUACAGUACAUAUACAGUACAAGAACACCACUUGAUUAUUAUUUAUUGCUCAUUGUUUUGUGAAAGGGUUGCAUUUAUUUUUGAUAUUAUGGUGUUUUUGGCUCAUCAAUAUAUUGGAGACAUAAUGGUAACAGCAACUGAGAAAACUUUGAUGGACCAACUGGUUGAAAGAAUGUCAAGGAGUUCCUUUUUUUUUUUAGGGAUAAAACGGUGAAAAUGACUCAUGAGCACGAGUACACGAGUUUGUGUCAUUGCUACAUUUCGGAUAGAGAUCCCACCCACGAAAAGCACAAAUUUGUCUCUUUUGAAUGUCAUAACAGGUGAUUUCAUAACGUUUUCCUUUCUCCCAAAAACCAUCCAACAUGUCUUUGUUCAUCCAGUAUCCAUUAUGUGUAAGAUAAUUCCCCGAAACUGAAAAACAUUAGCUGUGAAACUCUGUAAGAAAUAGUGGAGAAAAAAAAAAACGUUAAAUUUUAGUCUGAAGGAGAAGACACGUUAUACUGCAUGUGAAUGCUACAGUGCAUCUUUUUUAUCGUCUCUUUACGUGUUUUGUGUGAAAGGUGAAGUUCCCUUAACGCAAAGUGUGAGGUUUCCGUUUUUUGUCCUUUUUGCCAAAACAUGUGAUAUUAACAACCCAUGAUACUCUGGCCAAAGCUGUUUGAAGCCCCUUGAACCUCGUUACAACAAUGUUACCCACUUCCCCCGAUCCCUCCUUACACGACAAAGAGUAAUGUGUCAAUGCAAUAAUUUAGAACUUGAUAGUGUUUUUCUACCAAUACUCCGAAGUCUGGUGUGUCAUCGAUUCGGGUCUCUCCCUCAGAGUUAAAGCGAGAGAGCUGAAAGUUACCGCUGCUGUAGCACAGUUCUGUCUGGCAUGCAUUCAGUUGUCUAAAUAAACAUCUCCGUUACAAAAAAAAAAAAAAAAAAAAUGUCCAUUUGUUCUCAUUUCAGUCAUUUCAAUCAAAUACCUUUCUGCACACAGUGUCCUCAGCUGCAAUUGAUUCUAUAUACGAGGUAACAAUGCACGUUAGCUCG